GCCCGCAGUUCGGCCCAGACACUCUCCAGAGCCUCUCUCGUCGAUGACAAGCUCCCGGCUGCGCCCAGGGCCGGGGCCCCGCGCCCACCUCCCGGUCCGCCGCCUUCCCGCAGAGCGCGCGCCUCUGGGGACACCUGUCCCCGGGCAGGGGGCUGUUGCCGCUCCUCGGCGCCGCCCGGCGCUCGCGGUGGAGUCCCAGCAGCCCCGGGCGGGAGGACGGCAGGGGGCCUCUCGGGCCUGUGCAGCGGCCCUGCUUACCAGGCGGCUGCGGGCGGGCGCGCCGAGGGGGCGCUGCUGAGGGCGCAGCACGGUGGGCGCGCUGGGCGCGCUGGGCGGGGCGCCUUGAAGGGCGCGGCCGAGGGGCGCGGGCGCAGCCGGAAGCUGGGGCGGGGCGCCCGCGCGGGAUGCGGUGAAGGGCAAGCGGCGCGGCGGCGGCGAUGAGUGCCUCGGCGGCCACAGGGGUCUUCGUGCUGUCCCUCUCGGCCAUCCCGGUCACCUACGUCUUCAACCACCUGGCGGCCCAGCACGAUUCCUGGACAAUUGUAGGGGUGGCUGCCCUCAUCCUGUUCCUGGUAGCCCUGUUGGCUCAUGUCCUGGUCAAAAGGAAACCACCCCGGGACCCACUGUUCUAUGUGUACGCGGUUUUUGGAUUUACCAGCGUGGUGAACCUCAUCAUAGGACUGGAACAGGACGGGAUCAUUGAUGGCUUCAUGACAUACUACUUGAGAGAGGGUGAACCGUAUCUGAACACGGCCUAUGGGCACAUGAUCUGCUACUGGGAUGGCUCUGCUCAUUAUCUGAUGUAUCUGGUGAUGGUGGCAGCCAUAGCCUGGGAGGAAAGUUAUAGAACCAUUGGCCUAUAUUGGGUCGGAUCUAUUAUUAUGAGCAUUGUUGUUUUUGUGCCAGGAAACAUUGUAGGGAAGUACGGAACACGCAUUUGCCCUGCUUUUUUCUUAAGCAUACCAUAUACUUGUCUUCCUGUCUGGGCUGGUUUCAGAAUCUAUAAUCAGCCAUCAGAAAAUUAUAAUUAUCCCUCAAAGGUCAUUCAAGAAAUCCAAGCGAAAGACCUGCUGAGAAGACCAUUUGAUUUAAUGUUGGUUGUGUGUCUCCUUCUGGCAACUGGAUUUUGCCUGUUUAGAGGCUUGAUUGCUUUGGAUUGCCCAGCUGAGCUCUGCCGAUUAUAUACGCAAUUUCAAGAGCCCUACCUAAAGGAUCCUGCUGCUUAUGCUAAAAUCCAGAUGCUGGCAUAUCUGUUCUAUUCUGUCCCUUACUUUGUGAUGGCGCUUUAUGGCUUAGUGGUUCCUGGAUGCUCCUGGAUGCCUGACAUAACCCUGAUACAUGCUGGAGGUCUAGCUCAGGUGAGGAGCCAGAGGUAGUUACAUACCUAACACAAGGUCAUAUUGCUGGUUUUCGGUGAAGCUGGGAUUUGACGCUGUCAAUCUGGUUCCAGAUUCAGUGUUCUUAACCACAAGACUAUGGCGCUCAGAAAACCCUAAGAAACGGUAACACGGUUCUAGAUUAGCUAUUUAUACCAUAUCAGCCAAACAGCCUGGCUACUGUCCCAAUGUUCACAUUAGUUUUUGCCUAUAAUAUUUAUGUGGACACACAAAACUCUUUCAAUUCUCCUUUCUGGAACCAAGAUUGUGAUUUUUAGUCAAAUUCUUUCCAGGUUGUCUCUAUAGGAAAACAGAGCUAUUAAAAUUUAACCUUUUUCUUUGCCUUUAUUGCCUUGUUUUCCAUCCCAACCAUCCAUUCUUUAAAAAAAAAAAUAUCAAAGUAAAUCUCUUAACUAAAUUUAAGGUGAAAAAUGAUUUAGAAUGAAGUAGAAGAAAAAUUAUUAGGGGCUCAACCUCACAUCACUGAAUUUUGGAGAAAUUUCUGGGAUCCAUAACUUGAACCUGUCAUCUUGGCCAUGUGUCAGUUCAGCAGCACUGAGGUCACCAAGCCACCAGAUCCUACUAGCACAGUGCUCAGGCUGAGCUCUUCGGCCCUGUCAUAAGGAGGUCUCAUGUGCUGGUGGGAAAAUCACCCAGGAGACACGGUGCAGCCCCUUAGCAGCUAUGUGCUUGGGAAGGGAACCCUCCUCAAGUGAGAAUGAGGGUUUUCUGAAACUUCAGCACCCUGGAAACUGGACGCCAUAUGCCUUGGGAGGAAGCUAUGGUCGGGUUGCUCACUCAGCUAGAGGUGAGGCCACUAUAAGUACACCCAUUAGAACUAUGAGCAGUACCGGAAACUGCAGAAAAUUGGCCUCAGGCUUUUUCUCUCAAUUACAUACUUCUUUUGAUUAGAAGUGCAAUCAUCUUUGCCCCUUGUUAAAACAUUCUGAAGCAAAAGGCCUACUAAAAUAGGUAUAAAAAUAGAGAAAUGCUUUGUAGAAGCUUUUUGGCAUUUUGACAGUCACAAGACCAUUACUGUUGAACGUUUAUUGAGCUCUAACAAUGUGAUAGGUGCCACACAAAACAUCAGACACAGUACCUGCCCGGUGGGCUUACAAUCUAAUCUAAGGACACGAUCAUUUUUUAAUGUUGCCAUGAGUUUGCUGUUUGUGAAAAUGAGGUAUUAACUGCACCGGUUAGUGCAGCAAAAAAGCCUACGAAAUCAGACUUUUUAGCAGGUUCCCUAUGCAAGUAGGCAUGAUUGCUCAUAUUAUUCUCUCAAACUAUGGUUCGCAUUUCCCCAAAUUUGGUGAUUUUUGAGAUGUGUAUAAGUGUCUACAAAGAUAGACACCAAAUGCACAUUUCUUAAAACCAUGGUUCAAAUCUGGCCUCUAGUCCAGAAGAAAAAAUUUAGUUACAUAUUCAGAAAAAUACUGUUAUUCAAAAUAGGCCCUAGAAGAAAACAGUGAUGGGGGCCAAGUUCCUGUUCAGUGUUCCUAGAAUGUCCACAAGAGCAGCUCCUCAGGGCAGCCUCUCAAACGCCCUUUACUCUCAAGGUCUUUUUAGCCCAGAGAUGAAAUGCUUAACGUUUGCUGGGUUCUGUUUGGGCAUAUGCCCCGGGGGAGGUGUGUUUGAGGGCAGAGCCCUCUCAGUGCCUCACAGAUCACAAUGCAGACAAUUCCUGCAUUGGCAUUGGCGUUGGUCCCUGGGUCCUUGGCAACACACCACGCUAAUUUAAUUUCUAUCUCCAGAAAGCAGCAAAACUACCAGAGGCCCCCAGAAUGUAUCAGUAACUUGCAAAAAUGUAACCUGUUAAAAUCUGUCACUGAUACAAUCUGUAUACAUACUGCUUAUGAAAACUUGUCCUUUGCUCAUCAUAGUAAAGUCAAGUGCUAAGUAACACUUUUAUCUCUGUUAACCACUUAGCAGAAUAAACUGAUUUCAUAUGGAACGAAAUGUAAGAUAACUCAUAUGUAUUUAAAGCAAAUUAUUUAGUUUUCAUUCUUGUUACUUCUGUGCCUUCUUUAGAUUAUAGUAUCUUCUGUCUCUUCACUUUGAUCCUGAUGAACUAAGUCACCACUUAUCACAUUUAGAUUCCCAAUCCUUUAUUUGUGUAUAUCUUGAAUUUCAGUAAGAUAUGAAAUGCAGACUCCAGGAUUGCAUUCUGUAAUGAUACAAGGAUCCUGAGGAAAUACUUUCACAGAAGCCUUUUCUAAUAGUUUCCCCUGUGCUUAUGAAAAGUAUUCAAAAAAGACCAACUGGCACAUUCUGAAUGCAUGUUCUCAACAAGUAAUCUAAGUACAAAUGGGAAGCUCUUGCCUUUCUGUUUUGUAAACUCAGAUUAUGCUGACAAGCCAUACUUCUAAAUAAUUUGAUUUGAAAAGGUUGCCUGCAUGUAUAUUUGCCAUUUUUUAAAGAGCAACCAAAUCCCUACCCCCACCUUAUCUUACAAAACAACCCUUAGUAUUUUUUAAGUUGCAUAAAAAAACAAAUACGUGAAUAAAUAAACAAACAAAUGCAUAAUGAAGGGCUUUGAGCUCUUGCUCCAAGGAGUAGGUGAAAGAACUGAUAAAUGAAGCUGAGGCCCUCCCUCAGUGCUUCUCUUUAAAUAGUUAGGCUAAAAAUAUUUUAAGCUGUCUAAACUCUGUACUUGCUUCAUUUUUAUUGGAACACAUUUUGUGAGCCACAACUGAGUUCCUAUAUAGGAUAUCUCCAGAAUGUAAAUCAGGAAAAAGCAGAUUUUAUUCAGAUUUUUUGUUAAAUUGAGCCACUACUGUUUGGUAUGGGGGCACUAGAUGCGUUAAAAAACAGCUAGCCUGAUAAAGACGUGCUAAAGAAGGUUUACUUUAUUUGAACAGUUAAGUCAAGACUGGCCCUAAAUUCAAUGAAAUAUUGAAGACUAUGGAUUGUUUGAAAGUCCUAGUUUUGAGGGCACAGCAGCAUGGUCUGAAUGAAUCAUUCAGAACUCAUCGUGCAUCCAACUAAACACAAAAUUCAUGCUUACCCCCCCCCCCUUUUUUUAA